AUGUCUGGUUCUGCAGAGAAACCCCACCAGUCCUCUCACAGCUUGCGAGAUAUCCCGCCUAAGCACGACGACCACAAUUUGUGGUGGAAGUAUCGCCAAAUCCUCCGGGAACCUGCCGCCGAGUUCGCUGGUACAAUGCUCCUCGUCAUCUUUGGCACAGGCGUCAACUGCCAGGCUAGUUUAUCCACCAAUUCAGGAGUGGCGUCCUCCCCCAAAGGCGACUGGGGUUCAUCAACGAUUCUUUUAGCUAUUGCACUAGGGGCAUGGGUAAGCGGUGGUGUUUCUGACGGCCAUCUCAAUCCUGCGAUUACUCUAGCUUUCGCUACAUGGCGUGGAUUUCCAUGGAAGAAAGUUCCCGUCUACAUCCUUUCUCAGUUAUUGGGGGGAAUUGUUGGCGCGGGAAUUGUUUAUGCCAAUUACUUCCAUGCGAUUGAUAUCGUGGAAGGUAGGCGUGGAGUCAGGACUCUACUCACCGCUGGAAACUUUGGUACAAUCCCUCUCGACUACAUGACGAAUGUGUCCUGUUUCUUCUCUGAGUUUCUGGGCACUGCGAUUCUUGUGUUCGUCCUUCUUGCCGUCCUCGACUCACUAAAUAGGGACGAGAUGGACGGGAGGGACGAGGCCAUUCGGAGGUGCCUUCUCGUCCCUCUCGCACUUUUCGUAACGUUCCUCGGAAUAACGGCUUCCCUGGGUAUGGAGACGUCAUUCGCGAUCAACCCUGCGCGGGAUCUAGGUCCAAGACUUCUUACCUCCAUGGUCGGCUAUGGAAAAGCGGUGUACACGUUUAGAAAUCAUUAUUGGAUUUGGUGCCCUAUUAUGGCGCCAAUUCUAGGCGCACAAGUGGCUGCUAUGUUUUAUGAUGUAUUCAUCACCUAUCAAGGACCCGACAGUAUCGUUAACAGGCGGUAA